AUGGCAAAAGGAGGCAAACUUACCAAGCUUAAGUCCAUGCUAAAGAAAAUGCAAUCUUUCAAGAUCAGCCGCACCAAUGACACGUCCCUCAACAAUUUCUCAGAUGAUGACACGGCCGACGGAAAAGACCUCCACCCUGUGUAUGUCGGCAAGUCAAGGCGGCGCUACUUCAUCACCACCAACGUCAUGGCCAACCCGCUCUUCCGGGAGCUGGUGGAGCGGUCCGGGACCGAUGAUGACUCGAUUACUGUGGGGUGCGAAGUUGUGCUUUUCGAGCAUUUGCUUUGGAUGCUGGAAAACACUGAUCCUCAGCUCGAAUCCUUAGAAGAGCUUGUCGAGUUUUAUGCAUGUAAAUAA